UCGUUUAGUUUUCGUAGAGCUGUCUUAAAGACAACUCACUUUGGGCUUCCAUCGCGGAUCAGAUUUUCGUUUCGAAUUUAUUGUUUGUUGUCUGUCGUUUGUAUAAAGCCUUCUAGUUGCUUUAAGGUCUUAACAUCAACAACAACAACAACUGCAUAAUACUGGUCGGGAUUUAGUGCGCUUUUCUCGCAAAAAAUUAUAAAACAUCUACAUCUAGGUACACACAGCAUUACAACUACUUUUGAGAUUUAUUAUAAAUGUGCAGUUUAUUGCAAAAUAGAAAUUGAGUUUCUCAUAAGUGAUUCUAUAAAAAAUAUAUUAAUUGAUAUUCUUUUAAAUUCAUCGCUCUUUUUUAUUUUUGCUUAAAUUUGUGAAAAAAAACUGUGCAAAAUUUUCUGCAAAUUAAUGUGAUAAAUUUUAUUUUGUUACUUAUUUGGUUUUAAAAUUUCUGUAAAUAAAUCUUGAUUAAGAAGAAAACGAAGAAGGAGAAAGAAAAAUCAAUUGUUAAAAAUGCAGAAAAUCUCAGCUGUAACUAUUCUCCUUGUAAUUGGAAUAACAUUAAUCGGAUUCGUUCGAGCCAAAGGUUCACACAAGGUCCACUGCACUGAAGAUUUAAUGCGUGUGGAAAUUGGCAUCCCAGAUAGCAUAGAUGACAAUAAAACCAAACCACAAAUCUAUUUGGAAGGCCUCAAGGGAUAUCCCGAUGUUAGAUGUCAACCAAGUAUUAAUGGCAGUCUUGCUGAGUUCCGACUUUCGCUGAAGGACUUCUAUGAGUGCGGAGUUACGAGGAUGCUUAACAAAUUAACGGGUAAAAAAGUCUAUUACCACAAAAUCAUCAUCGAAGAUGCGAAAAGCAAGGAGAUCGUUAGUGUGAAGUGCAUCACAACUGGGCCGGUUUAUAAUGUUAUGAUGAAUGAAACUAAUCAGCAACAUCAUGGAAUCGUUCGGCGAGACGUGUUACCAGCUGGUUUUCAAGAACCUGAAGACAUCGAAAUCACAACAUCACUUACAACCAAAGCCCCAGAGCCCCAUUUAAGUGUUGGAGUCCGUCAAGGUGGAGAAAUUGUGACCGGAGAACUUAAUGUCAGCCCCGGUACACCCUUAACAAUGGAGAUCUAUCUCGAUAAAUCCUCAGCUCCAGUUUAUGGUCUUGGAGUAACGUACAUGCAAGUAACUGACACAAAAAAUCAAGAAGAAACAAUCAUUUUCAAUGGUUGCUCAGUGGAUCCCUAUCUUUUUGACAAUUUUAACACUGUCGAUGGUGAUUUUUUGAGUGCAAAGUUCCGAGCUUUUAAAUUCCCCGAAUCAACCUAUGUCCAAUUCCGUGCCACCGUCAAUGUUUGCUUGGACAAAUGUUCGGGAACUCCAUGCAGUAACGGGCAAAUUGGAUUUGGCCGAAGAAGGCGUGAGAUCAGCCGCUCUCAAACUGAUCCAAAUAAAAUCUACGAAAUUGCUCUGGCGACAUUCAUCAAAGUCAAUGAUGCUGAAGGCGUUGACAAAUAUGAAAUCCUACAAUUGGAAGAGAAGUUACGGGAACUUAAACUAGCCAACCAAAGACUAGCCCGUAACAGUCGCGGUAGCUUCAUGGAACCCAUCAAGAGCAUGGAACAAGUGCAAGCAAUUCCAGCUUUUGUUGUCGAUGAAAAAGAACUCAGCCAAGCAGUGAAGAGUGGCAGUGAUAGUUUGAUGAAAACGGCGAAUUCAAUGAUCCUCAUAUCGAUAUUCCUUAUCUUAUCUAAACUGAUGUAAAUAUAUGAGUUCUUCAAAAAACAAAAACAAUCCGAAAGAUAUUUAGGGCGUGUAAUUGUGGUGUAAAAACAAAAUAUGAAUUAUAAAUUUACUUUCGACUGCCAUUUAUAUAAUAUUUUUAUUUUUGUCUAAUUUUAAAUAAUGCUUUAAUUAAUAAUUCACAAACGAAGGUAAAUAAUUAUAAUAAUAAUAAUAUUGUAAAUUAACUAUCGAUAUACAUAUAACGGUAACCAUAAAAGAAAAAUAAUAAUAUUGCUUUAGAUUGUUUAAUGUGCAAGAGUGCGAGCGCAUUAUGGCAGAACAUUUUUUAAAUCUAUGAAAAGAAAACACGAUCGGUUUUCUGUACUUAACUCUUUUUCUUUCUUUUUUCUGAAUUAUAUAAAAUUUAGAGAAAAAAAUGGAAAUUCCUCUUAUUUCUCUAUUAAAAUUGUCUAAAAUUAUGCUUAAGAUUAAUAAAAUCAUUAAUGAUAACGUUAACAUUAUAAGAACUACUAGUCUUCUAAGUUUAACUUGUAAGUUAAUAAGAAAAUGCAAAUAAAAAAAUAAUAAUAAUAAAAAAGGCGAA